UCCUGAAUCCGCUUCCGGCGUACUGACGACAUCGACGCCUGUGCCCACUGACUGAUCGCAGGGUUUCUCCCCGAACAGCGCUGAAUGGUAGCAGCUGAGAGGCGGGUGCGGAGCGAGGGUUGCCAAACCCGCAGGAUUCCUCACGGCUCGCGGACUAUAAUGCUCUUCUAUAUGUAUCCCCAUGAACGGAUGACAACCUCCAAAAAAAACCAACACUGACAACUUUCAGUUCUACAUUUGACGCGGAGCUGGCUUUGAGAUUUUUUUUCCAUUUUUUCAACCAAGUCCGAGAACAGGCAUCAUGCAGGUGCAAACUGUGGGCUGGCGUUAGUGAAAUGACUUGCUCGGCGCUGACGCGUUUCACUGUGCCACAUAGCCCCGCGGUAGCAGAUGCCAUUUUACUCUGCGUUAUCCCAGCGCCUGGGAUUCCAACACACUGGGCCUGUUGUGCAAUUAGAAGUUCGUGAGGCAGAGACAAGCAAGCUGGUGCGAUGAGAAGCUACGCUGCCCAAGACACUGUGCGCAAUUUGUGCUAACGCGUAUGGGUCCUGCGUACUCAAGCUCCCAGCUUCCACUUGGAGAGGCGUGCGGCUGGGCUACAGUGCACUGUUUGUCGGCUUCACAUCUGGACCGCCCGACUACUGUCAUCUGCGGCCUGUUCCGACAGUGCACUCCCUGAACUUGUAUGUAUAAGGGGAACUGACUGCGAUCGCCUCGGAUGGUGUCGUGUUAGGGAUAACGCGGUGCAUAUGUGGUUGGGACUUGACGUUAUCGGUGAGCUACUGGAACACCGUGGUUCAAAACUGGACUAGCUGACUACCCAAGGAAAAAAACGCGGACCCAGAUAAGUUAUGGAUUUUGCGUAGGAAAGUCACGUAUUGUUAAAUGCAACGCUAGGGUGACAUUGCAGUCUUCUCACCACAUCGGUUUUUCGUUGGCCGACAAAAAAACAAGAGUGAAAGUGGAAUUUUGUCCGUCAUACGUAUCGGCGCAGUGGGAUUUCUACGUCUGGUCGACGUUUCCCCCACCCUUCUCGCGGUGACGGUUAUGGGUCGGAAGCGGUGUGUCGGUGCAGAUUGUUCCAAGAUGGCGGCCGGGUGCUGCGGGGUGAAGAAGCAGAAACUGUCGGGAUCGCCCGGGUCGGGGGGUCCCGGCGGGGUGGGGGCGGGAAGCGGGAUGGCAGGAAACGGACACUGUGGCUCGGAGUUGGGGAUUGGCUCCUCAGCCACCGUUGCAGCAGCGGCGAACGUGAGCAGAGCCAACGGCCUGGGGGGACCCGGGGGUAACGUUAGCAGCAGUGGUAGUGGCAGCAGCGGCACAAGCGCUCUGUCGCCGUCCCCGUCCCCGGCCGGCUACUCUUCAUCCGGCCUCUCCCCGAAUCUCAGCUCGGGACCGGGUUCGGGAAGUGGAGGCAGAAAAAUGGUCGUCUCAGCUGAGAUGUGCUGCUUCUGUUUUGACGUGCUCUAUUGCCAUCUGUACGGAUACCAACCUCCGAGAACACCCAGGUUUACAAACGAUCCCUACCCGCUGUUUGUCACAUGGAAAAUAGGCAGAGACAAGCGGUUGAGGGGUUGUAUAGGUACAUUUUCUGCCAUGAAUCUGCACUCAGGACUCAGGGAGUACACCCUUACCAGUGCCCUUAAGGACAGCCGCUUCCCCCCUAUGACAAGGGAUGAGCUGCCUCGACUCUUCUGCUCAGUGUCUCUUCUCACCAACUUUGAAGACGUUGGUGAUUACCUUGACUGGGAGGUGGGUGUUCACGGUAUUAGGAUAGAGUUUUUCAAUGAAAAAGGAUCAAAGCGCACCGCCACCUAUCUACCAGAGGUUGCAAAGGAGCAAGGUUGGGACCAUAUUCAAACCAUAGAUUCCUUACUACGAAAGGGAGGUUACAAAGCUCCCAUCACAAACGACUUCAGGAAGACCAUUAAGUUAACCAGGUACCGUAGCGAGAAGAUGACAAUGGGUUAUGCAGAGUACAUCGCCCACCGCCAGCACCAUCACUACCAGAAUGGCAUUGGGCACCCUCUACCACCCUACAACCAUUAUUCCUGACAGCGAGCCGCAUGACCAAUCAUUGGACCUCUCCGCGGACCUUUUCCCAGGAGAGCCAGCCCCCUCCUGGUCUAGCUAUUUCUACUACUGUACCAUUUUAUGAUGAUAGUUUCCGUUGCCAUGCUGACUGUCUCCCAGAUGUUGACAUGGCAACGGGUGGCAACAAAGCAUCAUUUGAUGAUGGCAAGAAAUCCACACUUAUUUUUCUUAGCCUGUGGUUAAGUUUUUGCAGCAUAUGUAUACCAAUAUCUAUAACCCCCCCUCAUAUCCAAAAUGAAACAACUAUUAGAUUCUUUUCAGCAAACCUAAUCCGGUGUUUGAUUCUGUGGAUGGAAGGAAGCCUUUUUUUUCCGGUGGAUUAGUCUCACACUUAAAUUGUUUAUUAGGCUUUGCUACAAUUUUACAUUAUCUAAAAAAAGAAAAAUCUUAUUUUUUUUAUUUUCUUGAACUUAAUAUCCAGACAUGUAUGCCACGUAGAAAGGCCAGUGCAGUUCUCAAAGGCUGUUUCUCUAUUCCGACUCUUCUCCAAAAUUCAAACAAACAAAAAAACAACAGAUUGCCUGUUGAGCCUUGUCAAAUCUUGUAGUGUUAUAGUUGGAACUAUAUAUCGGGAUCUGUAUACUCCAAAGUCUAGAUAGUAGGAUUGUGAUGCCCUUUGCUGGUAGUGUGUGUGUGUGUGUGUGUGUGUGUGUGGAUAUAAAUAUUGGUCCGCCACAAGAUGGAAACCAGUUCAGUGAAUUGGAAAUUGGAUCUUACCGAGAGAUCGCCCACGGAAAUCUUUUUCAAGAUCCCCUCCUUUAGUAUUUGUUGUGUUUUGUGGUGGGACCUGUUUCACACAGAACUGAGUUUGUUUGGCUAGAGCUUUCAGCCACGUUCCCCUCUUUUUAUUUUUAUGUUUAACGUUUUGAAAUGUAAGAAAUUGCGGAGGAAGCCAUUUAGUCUGAGGAUAAUCACUUCUUGGCAGGGGAUUUGUUAUUGUAAAAUGGGCUACAAGUGGGUCUGAUUGCCCCACAUCGAACAGGGGGAGCAGGCGCCACCACAGGCCCCUGGAAAAAUAAUGUGCACGAGCAGUGCUUUCAUCUGAAUUGACUUGGUUUCUGUGUCAUGUGACAGGGCCAUGCUAUAGCUACUUAAAGCCAUAUUGUCUUUUAAUCCCACACUUUGUAAGAGUAAUCUGCUUUUCGGCUUGAAGUGUUUUGCAUUCGGCACCACGUAGUGGGUCACCUCUAGUGUGUAGGGUCUUCAAUCUGAACGCAAACUCGCCAGCCAGUGUCAUUUAGUCUUGCCUCUUCAGAUUAUAGCUAACCAUUUGUCUCUCGUUCACGUGUGGUGCGUUCACAGGGAGGCAUAUGGAAGUAACACGUUUGUGUCGCUUUGGGAAUGCACGCCAUUGUGCUCGUCAGAUUCUGAAGCGGUUGCAGCGAGUUGAUUUAGGCGUUGAAGCCGGACACGCUGCUGUUCAGCGAGGUACCCGUUGAUCUGUGUGUCCACGGCGUUUAGGUGUGUCGGCCUGUUUUGGCAGCACGAUGAAAACGAAACGCAGCGGCGUGACUUUGAGCGGCCCGGUGGCUCACUGUUAAAGUCUACAAAUAUAAAGCCAGGGCUUUGUUAGGACUCAAGAAGCCAUGUCUCACCCAACGCUUACUUGUUGUGAGUGACGUACAUGCAUACACACAUACGACAGGCUGGUUGGAUUCACUUUCCAGAACUGUCGAGGAUCACCGCGAUCCGCCUGCGUUGGGUUCGGCUUUAGUUCCGCUUGCUGGGAGGAUUUAAGAGGUUCUGGCAUCUUUCUUUGUAACAGCCUUUACUAACUGACAGGUUAUUUUUCUUUAUGCAAAAAAUGUCAAGGGCUUUUGGCACUCCAUCCACAGUAACCUGAAAUGACCCAGAUUUAAGUUGUGUUGCCUUAAAUGAGUGAUCUAGUAAGUGAUGGACCAAUAGACGGCGCUUCGGCUGCUCCUCUGUCCCGUGGUACGCUCCCCCCCCCGCCGCCAAUAUCUUUACACCACAGUGUAGGAAAGGGCCUCAGAUGUCGUUUCUGUCCCUUCCGUGGCCAUACGGGGGCUCCCGUAUGCCUGCGGUCCCGUCUCUUUCCGUCACGUCUCACCCAGCUGCUGGUCCUCAAUUCUUUCAUUUUUGAAAGCCCCACAUAAACACAUUCUCUUAAAAACAAUGUCGGGCGCUGUGGUGUCGUAACCCCUAAAUGUUUAGAACCCACGGGCAGGCAGCGUCGCGCCCCCACGAUGCACGCGCUGCAUCAACGGGCCGACAGAGGAGCGGCGAGGCGGUCGUUUCCUGGUCCAGUCAACACGGCACAAACUGAAUUCUUCUGCUGCGAAACCAAAUUGACCAUGCUCUUUUACAUAUAUGUCUUUGUAUACACAUGCAAUGUAUUGAGUUGUAUGUAUGAGUAUGAGACCUAUGGUUUUAUCCAUGAUAUGCUUGAUCUAUGGCUUAGACGCUCUUAUUAACCAUGAAGAGACUUAAAAGACAUACGGUGCUAUCGGACCUCAUAUUGGGGUGGUCACAGCUUGUGACUGGUCAUGCGGACUCAUUGAUCAUAUCAUCCAUAAAGAGGCCGCAUGUAAGAUUUUCUCCUUGGUGUGUCGCUGUGACUUGAGUUAUGACGGCACAUUUGUAAUCCUGAAGGAUGUGACUGUCACUGAUAUAAGCGGUAGCCCCCGAGUAUCUUCGCUUUCAUUAACCGAUGCGGGCGACUUUGGGAUCAAUUCCCUAUGGGAAAUGCUGACUGCUAUUGUAACUCAUAACGAAGAAGGACGAGGUCCCUGCAGCAAACGCCUCAGAGGGGCUCUGAAAAUGUACUUUUAAUGGUUGUCAUUGCUAUUUUAACAGGGCCACAUUUAGAGAAAAUCCUACAUGCGUUACCUUUUACUAUCCUUGAUAUAUGCAGAUCUGUUCAACAGGUGUUUUCUUUUCUUGUUUUUUUCUUUCUUUUCUUCUUUUCCUACCAGUGCAAGUCAACACCCGUGCAGGUUUGAAAGGACACGAAGUCAGACGUAGCCUCCCUCCCCUCGAUCGCACCCCACACUGGCCCAACCUCAUGGUCGGGCUCGUCAACUUGUGCCGAUCGGUAGAUAGCGACGGCAGUAGUGACCGGUGCCUCUCCGGGAGGAUUGGAUGCUGCUUUUUCAGAAGCACGUCCUCCAGGUUCUUUAGCUGCUCAAUCGUUAUGACCUCUGGAAAGGCCAGGUUUGACUUGACUAGUGAACGGGCCUGGAACUACGCUGAAGGUGAGCGUCUCCUUUAACGGGUCGCAGCUAAUGUUUUACGUAGAACACGCAGAAAAUAGUCCUGCUUCUGUACUGAAUUUAACUGUUUAAAGCAUUGAUACCUCAUGGGAUAUUGUGGAGCGACAUUUGUAGUUUGUUGUAGCAGAUUGAGUUUUGGUUCCAUACCAGGGUUAGAGUUCAGCCUCAGCAUUCCUUGUGUGGUCAUUCUCAUAUUUCGUGGAAUGCUCAAGCUCAUGUUACCUUCGUAUGUUUGACUGAACCAAAGAUGCCAGCGGCCGCGCCCAGAUGCUGCUCUUCGGGCCUGGCUUCCUGUCCUUUCAAAAGACACCCCUGCAAAUGACAAAUGUGAUUUUUAAAAUUAUUUUGUGUGUAUGCGAUUUCUCAAUUGUUUUGACUUAUUGAGCAACCCAAUUUUUUAAUGAAUUUUCAUUGGGUCUAUCUGAAGCAGUACAUGGCAUCAAUGAUGGUUUAAAAAAUGGUUGCAAAAUGUGGUUACAGUACUUGUUUUGUUGUUAUUAUUAUUAUGAGUAGAAUUAUUAUUAUAAUUUACAAAAAUGAAAAUCCCAUGGUGUGCCUCCUAGCUUUAUGGGUUUAUAAACGUUUUUUCCCUAAAGACCAGCAGUUAUACUUUGUAUAAAAGAUGGAUUCCUUAUUUUUUUAUGCCAUUAAAGAUGAAAAAGCCUGUUUUCGUUACUCUGGACCCAGUAGCUGCACUGGUAUACAAUCGCACUGAUAGAUGAAUAAAAAAGACAACAACAAAAGAAUGAACUAAUAAUAAUAAUAAUGACAAAUGAAAUAAGAACUACAAUAAACUUGUUUGAAGCUUUUAUAAAAAAAGAAAAGAAAAUACAAUAAAAAAAUGAAAAUGACUGUUUUUGUACAUCCAAAUAAAUUCUUUUCAAAAGAA